AUGUCCCCUCAAGUCUACAGAUACGUGGAAGGAUUAUACAAUAGCGUCUAUUUCAUCGAUGAAAACUUGCGUUCGGCACUAAAAUACAGACCCCAGCCGAAUGACCUCUUCAUUGUCAGCUAUCCCAAAUGUGGGACCACCUGGCUGCAGUACUUGGUCUACAACAUCUUCACUGAAGGUGUUCCUCCUAAGGACAUGGAAGAGUUCCUUGCGAGGUCGGUCUUUCUCGAAUACACCGGAGCCCAGUCCGUUGAAAAGAUGUGCCGUCCGGGUUCCAUCAAGACGCAUUUCCCAUUCAGCAGACAUCAGUAUUCUAAACUAGCCAAGUACUUAUACAUUGCAAGAAAUCCGUACGAUUGUUGCGUGUCGUUUUACUACCACACAAAAUCGUUUCCCGCGUACUUCUUCGAGAACGGAGCCUUCAGCGAGUUCCUUGACAUGUUCCUCCAAGGAAAAGUUGACAAUGGAGACUAUUUCAACAACCUGCUCUCCUGGUACGAUCAUCGACAUGAUCCUAACGUCCUCUUCUUGACCUACGAAUGUCUCAAGAGAGACACCGAGAGCUGGGUCAUAAAGAUAGCGGACUUCAUAGGAAAAGAGUACGGCGCAAGGUUCCGAAAAGAUGCUGAUGCCGUUAAGAAAAUAAUACAAAUGUCCAGCAUGGAAACUAUGAGGAAGGUUUUCAGCAGGUCUCAUGAUAUACUGGACGAAGCCGGUUUGUCCGUUUAUAAAAACUCUAAAAAUCCUUCGCAGCCCCUGGAAGAAUCGGUGUUAAAUGCGAUGAAAAAGCCAAUGUCGGGUGAUUAUAUACGCAAGGGCAUCGUCGGAGACUGGAAGAAUCACUUUUCAAAAGAGCAGGUUGUCAGGAUGAAAAGCUGGAUAGCUCUUAGAACAGCUGGCAGCGACGUCAUGAAACUCUGGAGGGAUGAGGAUCUUCCAUGA